GUUGGAAUUUAAUGCUAAUUUCCAGUUUUUGCAUCAGUGGCUGAAAAAGCAUCACUUGCUUCCCUUUCUUUUUUCCAGAGAAGGGGAAAGGCGGAGUCCUACGAAGAAGUGAAGGCUUCACAGUUCACUGACUUCUGUGGGGUAUUCACAAUCCUUCCCCCUUUGAAAGUACACCCCUUUUUUACCCAAAAAAUGGUGGCUUCUGCCUUAAUUUCAGGCUCAACUCCAUCUCCUCUCAGUCUAAUCCAUCCCGCCAUUAAUUGCUGCAUUGGCGCUUGCAACAUCUCGACAAUAAAGACUCCGUCUUUUAGCAAAACCCUGUUGGGGGUUCAGUACGAAUUGUGCAGGAGGAGAUCAUUAUACCGUACAAGGUUCAGACCCUUUUCUCCUCCUGUCAUGGAGUGGCAGGACUGCACAGUGAAGGCGGAAAUCGAUGUCCCAGCUUCUGUUGCUUAUAACUGCUACUCUGAUCGUGAAGCCAUUGCCAAUUGGAUGCCCUUCAUCUCCUCUGUCCAGAUAUUGGAAGACAAGCCAGACUUAUCACGGUGGUCAUUGAAAUAUAAAGCAUUUGGUCGUGAUAUCGAAUUCUCUUGGCUUGCACGAAAUUUGCAGCCUACUCCAAAUCAAAAAAUUCAUUGGAGAUCUUUGGAUGGUCUACCAAACAGGGGUGCUGUUCGAUUCUUCCCCAAAGGCCCGACAUCAUGUGUAGUAGAACUAACCGUGUCAUACGAAGUUCCUCCAAUUCUGAUUCCAGUUGCAUCAGCCCUGCAACCUUUUCUUGAGAGCUUGCUCAGUCGCGGGCUGGAACGAUUUGCUACCUAUGCAAAAAGCUAUUGAGCAAUUUUGGCGUGCUAUGCUUUCUCAAGUAAAGCUAAGCUUUGACUAAAUCAUUAAUGUGCCUUCACAAACUGUAAGUAUGGGUUCAUUCUUCAACACGGAAGUUCUCAUCAAACCGAAACCGCCAUAUCUUUUUCGUUGUACUACAAACCUUACAGUCUCUGUCUCUCUUUGUCCCUGUUUAUUUUGUGUAUUUCUCGUCUGGAAGUGUAAGAUUCCACUGUGUAAAGUCAAUGAGAAAAAGGCUUCAGAAGUCUGUAAACUUUUGUCAUUGGCACCUUGAUUUCAGCCUUCAAGGGCAAUCUCUCCUUGUUUAUAACUAUAAUGCCUACCCUUGCAGUCAAUUCUGCAAUAUUCUAGUG